AUGACGCAGCACCAGCUGGAGAUGGAAAAUGAUUAUGAAGCAGACGACCCGGAAGACUGCGGCCGCUUUGAGUAUGAGCUACUUUGUGAAAUCAAUCGCACCGUUCUAUAUUUGUCUACCUGUCGAUAUUAUGUGAAGUCGAUUUACUAUGACAAUAGUUCCGGAGAUGAUUUCUCUGGUCAGAUCACGGUGGUUGAGGAUGGAGUGAAUAAUGUUUAUUGUACAGCCCUCCCUGAUUUCCUUUUGGGGAGCUUCGACUUGAGUGAUAGGUAUCCACACUAUAAUUAUAAUGAUCGGUAUCCAUACUCUAAUUAUACUUCAUCCUCGGCGGUCUUCAUGAAGUGCUCACAGCCCGUUGCUUCUCCUUCGUAUAUCAAAACUGAACCAUGUAUUGAGGGAGCAUACCCUUCCGAUACGCCCCCAAAUAUUUCCCAAAUGAAGUGGUACUCAUACUUUGUGUAUUUGUUGCCUACAAAGGAAAAAGCUCUACGAGUAGGGGACAUCAAGGAUUCUUGCAAUAUAACCAUGAUGACUUGCUUCUCGGGUUAUAACAUGAGACCAACGUGUAAGGACCUCCCCAACAUGAUGGCUGAAGGAUUAAAUCUCUAUUAUCAUGGACCUCCUUCUUUGCCGUCUCCGCCAUCUCCGCUGUCUCAGAUGUCUCAGCUGUCUCCGUCGCCUCUGCCAUCUCGGCGGUCUCCCGCUGUCUUAGCCAUCUUCGCCAUCUGCGCCGUUUGUGCCAUCUUUGUCGUCUGCACUGUCUACGCCAUCUCCAUCGUUUGCACCGUCUCCACCGUCUCCACCAUCUCCGCCGUCUCCUCCAUCUCCGCCUUUUGCGCCGUCUACGCUGUCUUCGCCAUCUGUGCCAUUUGCGGUGUCUCCGCCAUCUUUGCGGAUGAUUCUACGCGGGAUAUCAUGGGCGGUGUUGCUAUAACUGCCGCAUGGAAUCUCUUCUUUGUCUUGGUCCACUUCCUAGCAGCAAAAUUCAUACUCGGAGCUCCGUGUGUGUUGAUAUUUCUAAUCUUGAAGUGGAUGAGAAGGCAUCAAGCGACCGAUGCAAACAUCGAAGAAUUCCUACGAGCUCACAAUAACUUUUUGCCCAUAAGGUACUCUUACUCGGAUAUCAAGAGGAUCACAACAAAUUUCAAAUGCAAGUUAGGUGAGGGGGGAUAUGGUUCCGUAUACAGAGGAAUACUUAGAAGUGGCAAUGAAGUUGCGGUUAAGAUUUUGAACAAAUCAAAAUCUAAUGGCCAAGAUUUUAUAAAUGAAGUGGCCACAAUUGGAAGGAUCCACCACGUUAAUGUGGUGCAGCUUGUUGGUUUUUGCUUCGAAUACCCCAAACAAGCUCUUGUCUAUGAUUUCAUGCCGAAUGGAUCUUUGGAUAAACACAUUUCCUAUAAGGAUGGUGAUGAUCCUCUUGAUUAUAAGAAAAUGUAUGAGAUCUCUCUUGGCAUAGCUAGAGGGAUAGAGUAUCUACAUCGGGGAUGUGAUAUGCAAAUUCUACAUUUUGACAUCAAGCCUCACAACAUUCUCCUAGACCGAAGUUUCACUCCGAAAGUUUCUGACUUUGGACUUGCAAGACUUUAUCCCACCGAUCGCAGUAUAGUAUCGCUGACUGCAGCAAGAGGAACCUUGGGUUAUAUGGCUCCUGAGCUAUUCUAUAAAGACAUCGGUGGCAUUUCUUACAAAGCCGAUGUUUAUAGUUUUGGGAUGUUAUUAAUGGAAAUGGCUGGUAGAAGGAGAAAUCUAAAUGCUCAUGCAGAGCAUUCAAGUCAAAUUUACUUUCCUUUGUGGGUUUAUGACCAACUUGACAAAGAAAAGGAACUUGAAAGGGUAGAUGUCAUAGAAGAGGAAAGAGAAACAACGAGGAAGAUGAUAAUCGUUGCACUGUGGUGUAUACAAUUGAGCCCUAAUGAUCGGCCGUCGAUGAGGAAAGUCCUAGAUAUGCUUGAAGGAGAUAUGGAUAAACUGCAACUGCCUCCAAAACCACUUUUGUAUCCGAGAGAGGCACCCAUUGAUGAUGUUGACGCUGAGAUAGAACUUGAAACAGUCUCAUCUUCGUCAAGUACUCCGAUAGUUUCUAGCAGUUCCCAAUUUUACCAUGACCAUGAGUUUAUGAAAUCAUGUAUUGUGUGAUUGUUUCCCUGUAAUGAGAUGCAAAAAUUAUCAAUAGUACUAUCAACAUGUAUCAUCAUUCAAAAUGUAAUCUAUGAAGCUUUUACAUGUUUUUCAUAUGGCAGUAGUGUUUUUUAGUAGACUCGUUAUGUCCAUAUUUUAUAAAUGACGAUGAAUGUUGUAUGGCAUUCAUUCAAUUUUUGUUUCAUGUGAA